AUGCCUCUAUCAAUGAUGGAACCGCUCAGCAGACCGCCUUCGCGCGACCUCACACCAACCCGACGUCUGUCUCGCGAAGAAACAUAUCACCUGGCCGAUACCGCACGGAGAAAGUCCUCGGACAAGUUUGUCCGCGAGGAUCUUCGCCUGAAACUCAGCCAUGACCACCUGCUAGAGUUGCUUCUCCAAGAUAUCGCGCGAACAGAGCGAGAACGCCAAACAUCACCGACAGACGAAAAGUACUUGAUGCCACAGGAGAGAAAACGGCCGGCGGCGUCGUCGUCGCCGGAAGCACAGACGGACUUGGUGGAUGAGUACGGGUUUCCGCUGGAUCUGGAGGAUGGAGAGGAAGACCUGGGAGGAUUGUCGUUGACACGGACGCCAUCGCGAAGGCCCGCGAGAUGA